AUGAUGGUGCUGAGAGGGAAAACCUGUUGUGAUUGGCCUACAGGGGAAGGAAAACUUGUUUAUUCAAUGGAAUCCCAGGUGGAUCUCCUCAGUCGCGUCCCUCAGCCUCCUGUCCCUCUCCUCAAAGCCUCCUGUGAUAUUCGCAUCGGAAAGAUAAAGGUGAUCCUAAGGGUAUCAGAGGGAGAGGAUCCGGAUCGUUCAAUUCUCACUUUGGACGAGAAAAGGAAACGAGUGACUUUGACUCAAGCCUCUUCUGUGGGUCAGACCUCCACCGUUUCCACUGCCAGUGCCAUCGGUGUAAAUGCGCCCAAAACAUUCACCUUUGAUGCCCUUUUCUCAUGUCAUCAUCCUCUCCAUGACAUUUGCAUAUCCAGUUUGGUGGAAGUGAUACGAGGAGUCCUCUCUGGUACCAAUGGCUGUGUCAUCACCAUCGGACAUUCUAGUGCUGAGAGGUUGGACCUUCUCGGAGGUAGAGGAGAAGAGCCAGGUGUUCUCGCCUCUGUCGUCUCUUGGCUCUUCACCUGCCUGCAUGAAAGGUCAAAGACCAGGACUGGGUCAAAGGUUACGGUCAAAGUAUCUGCCAUUCAGAUACUUGGGGACGCAGUCCAUGACCUCUUGGCUUCACCUCUUCAUGGAGGGGGAGAUUUGGAGAAGGAGGGCUAUAAAGGGGUGGAGUGUCCCGGUCCGGGAACUUGGAAGGAAUUCCUGGCCGUGGACUCCAUUUCAGCUGCUCGAUUCCUUGACCAUGCAUUGAACACUAUCACGGAGAUCCGACGAGGACAGAAGGAUGAUGCCAGCUCGUUCCUUUUCAUCUUCCGACUGCAUCAGUUUCACGACGAGCAAGUAGGAGGAGGAAAGCUGUUCAUCAUGGACUUGGGGACAGGAAAGAUGAAAGGGAAAGCAGGACCAAUGCCGAACAUCCUUUUAGAGAUCGCCAACGGGCCCCGGGAUCCCAAACUCAGGGAGAGCCUGGUGGGUGGUUUGUUGGGCGGAAGCCUUGGUUCCUUGACAUGUCAGGCCAGUGUCCUGGCUCAUGUUUCCUCCGAUCCAGACCGCUAUUCCGAAACACUCUGUCUCAUUCAGUCUGCAUCGAGGAUACAUCGAGUCCGACGGUACCCUCGUCUCAAGCCAUUGGGAGGAUGUAAAGGGCUCGAUCACGGAGAAGGAGUGGGAAGUGGGUCGACGUCAGAAAUCGAUCCAUCUUCAAGCGAAUUAAGUGCGGACACUGUGAUCUACAUGGGGGGGAAUGGAGAAGAUGAUGAAGAGGGGACUGACAGUGAACACCCGCCUAGCAGCGAAGGACAGAGGCCUCUUCAAGCCGUCGAAGGGGCAUCAACCACUUCCCUUGCCUCCUCAUGGUCCGAUAAGGAGAAGGACAAGGACAACGACCCGAGCCCUCCUCCUCCGCCUCCGCGCCUGGGCGCUGGAGGAGGAGGGAGGUCUCUACCAGCGACACCUAUGAGACGGAAACCGGAGACGAUGGUUUACGGAACUCCCAGGAGAGGGAAGAGGGUCUCCAGUGACGAACAAUGGGUGGCGAGUCAAGGAGGGAGUGUGACCAGGGAAACGUGGGUGGAUACUGUUGAUGUGAUGCUUGAGAAGAAGAAGACCUGGGAAGAGAUGAAGAAGAAGGAAAAGCUGGCAAUGAAGAGGGAAAAGAAGAGGAAGAGAAGAAGAGAAGAAGGGGAAGAAGGAAGAGCGAGUGGAACUGGUACAUCAAGUUCUGGCUUUGUAUCAGGACCGAGACCUGUUGUUCCCGGCAAGGAAGACGAGGAAGAUGAAGUCGCUUCGCCUUUAAACCCUGGUAAGGACCAUGAUCAUCAUGCCUCCGUAAGCUGA